CAGGUCACUGAUGCUCCGUCCCAGGAAGGUCAUCUCUCAGAGCAGGAGUCGCACAAGGGAGAAAGUGACAACGUUUAUCUCAUCAGGGCGCAAGGAUUCCCCUACUCGUGCACCGAGGAAGAUGUGCUGACCUUCUUUGAUAGCUGUAGGAUUCGAAACGGGGAGAAUGGCAUCCACUUCCUCCUCAACAGGGAUGGGAGGCGCAGGGGGGACGCCCUGAUUGAGCUGGAGUCCAAGGCUGAUGUCCAGAGAGCCCUCGAAAAGAACCUGAGGUACAUGGGCGCACGCUACGUCAAAGUUUUUGAGGUGCAUGAUAGUGAUGUGGAGGGCUUACUGCAGAACCUGAAGGAUGAGUCUCAAGCCAUAAACGAUGGAGUUGUGCUGCUCCGAGGUCUUCCCUUCAGCUCCACCGAGGAGGACAUUGCGGAUUUCUUCUCAGGUUUGAAAAUCACAGACAUAGCUUUCAUUUACCGCGGGGACAGAAGGACAGGAGAAGCUUUUGUGCAGUUUGCAGCUCCUGAAAUGGCAGCUAAAGCCCUGCUAAGGCACAAGGAGUACAUGGGAAAUAGGUAUAUAGAAGUGUAUGUGAGCAGAAAGCACCAGAUGCAAAGGCAUGUGCCUAAUGACAGGCAGCUGAUGGCCUACUCCAGAAUAAGAAGAGAGUAUGAAUCCAUUCCUGAAGAAAGGGUAUGGAGACACACAGGAGGCUCCAAUGCUGAAGGAGAAAUCAAACCUUGCAGGGAAGGAACAGAAAGCUCCAGGCACGUUUUAGCAUCUGGAAACACCUCAUCAUCACCACAGCACUUUGUGCACAUGAGAGGUUUUCCUGCCCAAGCUAGUGCCCAGGACAUCAUAGAUUUUUUUGCUCCCCUGAGGCCCACAAGGCUCAUGGUGGAAUACAACUCCCAUGGAGUGGCCACAGGAGCAGCUGAUGUGCAUUUUGAUAGCCACGAGGACGCGGUCACUGCCAUGGCCAAGGAGGGGUCACACAUGGAGUGCAGUGCCAUUGAAUUAUUCCUGAAUGAACAUCCAAAGGCAAAGGAAGACUGCUAG